AUGAAUGGAUCCAGUGUAGCCAAUACAUCACCUAAUGUAAAAUCCAAAGAGGACCAAGGAUUAAAUGGGCACGAUGAGAAGGAAAACCCAUUUGCAGAGUACAUGUGGAUGGAGAAUGAAGAAGAUUUCAACAGACAGGUGGAGGAGGAGCUGCAGGAGCAAGACUUCUUAGACCGCUGUUUCCAGGAGAUGCUGGAUGAAGAAGACCAAGACUGGUUUAUCCCCUCACGAGACCUGCCUCCGGCUAUGGGACAGUUGCAGCAGCAGUUAAAUGGACUGUCAGUCAGCGAUGGCCAUGAUUCCGAAGACAUUUUGAGCAAAAGUAACCUGAACCCGGAUGCCAAGGAAUUUAUUCCGGGAGUGAAGUACUGA